AAAACAAUUAAGCAUCAGUUUUUUUUCUGGUCAGCUUGUAAAAACUUCAAUCCCAUGAUUCCUUGCGCGGUGUAUCCGUCACCCCCGCUACGCUCUGCACCCCUCUAUGCUUUGACAUCAGCUGUUCUGCCCACAGAACAGUGGCAUCCUGCCGGAGGAGACGGAAAGGCGCAGAUCCGCGGCACAAUGCUGCUUUUAUUAAUUAUCGCGGGCCUCGGAGUGGUGACGUUACUGGUGAUUUUAUUUGCGCCACAUAUCCGAAAGUAUGCGGCAGGAGGAGUGUGCAUGUCCACAGCUCGCCUGGACGGGAAGACAGUCCUCAUCACUGGGGCCAACACAGGGAUUGGGAAGGAGACAGUGCGGGACUUGGCAAUCAGAGGGGCCCGGGUCAUCAUGGCGUGUCGAGACGUGGAAAAGGGCGAGGAGGCUGCGGCCAGUAUACGAGCUGCGUACUCCAAAGCAGACGUGGAGGUUCGAGAGCUGGACUUGGCAGAUACCUGCUCCAUACGUGCCUUCGCACAGAAAUUCCUGAGAGAGGUCACCCAUCUUCAUAUCCUCAUCAACAACGCCGGGGUGAUGAUGUGCCCUUACACAAAAACCAUUGAUGGCUUCGAGAUGCACAUAGGAGUCAAUCACUUGGGUCACUUCCUGUUGACAUCCCUCCUUAUCGGGCUGCUGAAACGCAGCGCGCCGGCCCGGAUCAUCGUGGUCUCCUCUCUGGCGCACAACUUCGGCUGGGUCCGUUUCCACGACCUUCACAGCCAAGGCAGCUACAACAGCGGAUUAGCAUACUGCCAAAGCAAACUGGCAAAUGUGCUCUUUGCCAGAGAGCUGGCCCGCAGACUCAAAGGCACCAAUGUGACGGUGAACUCAGUCCAUCCGGGGACGGUGAACUCUGACCUGACCAGACACUCGACUCUCAUGACGAUAUUCAUGACGGUCUUCUCCAUGUUCGUAAAAACCCCCCGGGAAGGAGCCCAGACCAGCAUCUACUGUGCUGCAGCGGAGGAGCUGCACUCUGUCUCCGGGAAACACUUCAGUGACUGCGCCCCUGCCUUUGUGGCCCCACAGGGACGGAGCGAGGAGACGGCGAGGAGGCUGUGGGACGUCAGCUGUGAGCUUCUUGGUAUCGAGUGGGACUGAUUUAACUUGUAACCAUCAUCUAUCUCAGUUCUCCGAGGAGUCCUUAUCCUUUCUGUUAUCAUUAUUUCGUUUAUUUCAUUAUGGUUUUGAUGUUCUGUACUUUGAAAGAUUCUUACCUAAUAGGCAGUCAGGUAAUUAUAUAAGAGGUACUAUAAUGUGAAGUUGCUUCUAUUUUUUUUUUUUUGUGAAAUAAUGCAGUAAUUACAUUAUAAUAAUUCAAGUCUUUUGAUGCUCUACGACGGCUCCACGAAACGAAAGCGCUCAGCUGUUUUAUCAUGUAACAGACUUUCUGACCCUGUAUUUCUGUGACACAAUGUGACGACAGUGUGGGCAAAAAACAAAAAGCAACUUGAUGUAUUGUUAUGCUGUAGGAUACUGUGAAGGGUCAAGCCAGGGUAAAAGACCAGCACCUAUCCAAUAUUGUGUUUUCUGAUCGCACCAGACUUUGCAGCUGAACUGCUUGACUUUUGUGCCAGCAUUUCUAAACAAUUGCAGGGUUUCUUACAGUUUCCAGGUUGAUUUAAUGAGUAAACUACUGAAGAUCAGUCUGAGCCACGAUUAUCGCCUGAAUUGCAUAAAUGUAUUUUCUGAUAACUGUAGAACAUGUAGGUUUUGAGAAAAAGUUUUUUCUAUUUUAACCAAAUCAGAGUUAGACUCGUGUCACUGCAGAACAUGCAGAGAGAUUUUUUUUUUCCUCCAUUUGCAUUGCCAAAAACUGCACAUUCCUGGAGGAACUACAGUUUUGCAUUUCUAAGGAUUUCCCCGACUCAUGUUUCCUUCUCAGCAUUCACAAGCAACGUUGCCAAGAGUUUACAUUCUGUUUUAUACAAGCGAAACAUGCCUUUUACUACACUUACAUUCAUGUUAAGAGUUGAAUGUUUACAUAUGAUGUAAAUAAACGGAAAUAUUACUAUAAAAAAA